GGCAAAGCCGACAUUUGCAGGACCAAUGAUGAUUUGUUCUUGAGUGGAGUAAUGAGGUCGGCCUGCUUACGACGAGGAUCUCGAGAAAGAUCAGUCACCAGCUUUCGUUGUAGUCCCCGGGCUGUGGAGACUCGGCCGACUGGAGAUGGCCCUCCACAGCCCUUAUUGACCAGAUGGCUACCUCGGAGAGUUGUAAGUCACGAGGAGGAGCGUAAGAGCCUUGCAUAUUAUGCAGCUGUGGCUAAUGCAUGCUCUUGGUAUAGCUUGUUUUAUCUGAAUCUGCAUAAUCUCAGAUGCCGGCCCCUUUUAGGGCCAAUAUCAACAUUUUACCAUUCACGACUUGAGUGAAUCAAUCCUUCACCGAAUUUUAGAGAGCGGAGCAGUUCGUCAUGCGAG